UGGCUCACAACUGGUGCAGUCACGCCCUGCCCUCUGUCUGUUCGCUGUCUGUCUGUCCUGAGCAACAAAGAGGGCCUUUGUUUUGACAAACAUGAAGAACAGCCUAAAAAUGAGGACAGCAUUAUACAUGAACAGUAAACAUCUAAUAUUUGAACUAUGAUACACAAAUCCAUAUGCAGCAAUUCUGUUUAUUUGUUUCUAUUCACUGCCUUUCCCUCUAUGUCCAUUAUAUGAAGCAUAUUACGUUUUUUUGAACACUCACUCAUUCAUAACCCUCACCCCAUGGUUGACAGAUCUUUAACAAAUGGCCAUUACAAUUGAACAGUGAAACCCAUCUGUUUAAUGAGAAAGGAUUUUGGAUGAAACCCCACCCUCUGGUGGCUAAUCUGGUACUGGCACCACUAAUAUCAUGUGAAUAAUGUUCUGUUCUAGAGAGUGGAAAUAAUCUAGAAUAAUGUUCUGUUUACAAGAUAGCCACACACAUAGAUUAUUAAACUGUGUGAUUCAGAGGGCAUGUUUACCCAGAUGGGACAGGCAGGGAUUUGACCUUGUCCUUUAGGAUAUGUUUACUGUAACUGUGUUGUGUGCGUAUAAACAUGCUGGUGCUGUGUCCUAGAUUUGGGGUUCUCAAACCUCUCCUCGGCGACCCCCAGCCCUUCCAUGUAUUUGAACUAUUCCACAGCUAGCUCACCUGAUUCAAAUUGUCAACUAAUCAUCAAGCCCUUGACUAUGUGAAUCAGGUGAGUUAGUUCAGGGCUAUAACAAAAUUGGGAAACGUCUGGGUGCUCAGAGGAGAGGUUUGAGAACCACUGUCCUAUAUAUCUUAUACAGAGAAGAAGCAGGACAAACUGUUUUGACGUAAUCAGCCAUCAUGAAACUCUCACUGCUGUUGUGUCAACAAAAAAUCUACUUGCCUUUUCAUGUCUUCUCUGUUUACACUAAAACACAGCCUCACCUUUAAAUACCAAUGGAAGGGGACUGGGCUCUGGCUCUUUAAACACAGGUCAGUGGAGAGUCAUUCUGUGAUCACAGUCAGUACUUUUUUACUAACAGAUUAUUUCCCUGUGUCUCAGACAGUCUGACCCAGCAGGACCAUGGCUGAGUCUAACUUCCCCCUGCCUCCAGAUGGCUACACCUGUCUUCUGUGUGCAGACGUGCUGCGAGACCCCGUCACCAUCUCCUGUGGAGACACCUACUGUCUGGAGUGCAUCAAGAUCUACUGGGACCAGUACGACCACCUGGGGGUGUUCAGCUGUCCCCAGUGCCGGGCCACUUUCAGCCCUCGCCCCGUGCUGAGGCGCAAUGUGCCCAACGUGACCCAGGAGCCCGAGCAGCAGCCCUUCCCCUACCUCCAGAGGGAUUCACUGUGUGACUUCUGUGUAGGCCGCCGCAGCAAGGCUGUCAAGUCCUGCCUGAUGUGCCUGGCCUACUACUGCGAGACACACGUCAAGCCUCACUACGAGUCGGCCACCUUCAAGAGGCACAAGCUGGUGGAUGAGAUGGGUCACCUGGACAGGAAGAUCUGUCCACAGCACCAGAAGGGCCUGGAGCUGUUCUGUCGCUCAGACCAGAUGUGUAUCUGUGUGCUGUGUACCGUCAGGGAGCACCGCAGCCACAACAUCAUCUCUGCUGAGGAGGAGCGCGCUGAGAAACAGAAAAACCUGGUGUUGACCCAGUCUGAGGUCCAGCACAUCAUUCAGGAGCGGAUGAAGGAACUGCAGGAGUUGAGACACAAUGUUGACGUUCUCAAGAGCAAUGCCCAGCGGGUGAUGUCGGACAGUGAUACGAUCUUCAGUGAGAUGCUGCAGGCGGUGGAGCGCUGGCACGCUGAGGUGAGACAGCUGACUAAGGCCAACAUGCAGGUGGCCAUGUCACAGGCUGAGGGAUACGUGGAGCGGCUGGAGCAGGAGAUCCUGGAGCUGCAGCGCAAAGACGUCGAGCUGCGCCAGAUCCUGGACACAGAGGACAACAUCCACUUCCUACAGAAUUUCCCCACGCUGUGUGUUCCUCCUGAGCCCAUGGUGCCCAAAGUCCUGAUCAACCCCCAGUUCUCCUUCGGAGAGGUCACUAAGACUGCCACCGACAUGAAGGAACAUCUAGAUGACAUUUGUAAGAAGGAGCUGAGCAAAAUCUCCAAGCUAGUAAGUGAUACCCCUGUGUACAUACUUUCACCAAGAGGUGGAGACAAACGAUUCAAAGCACCCUCCAGGGCAGAUUCUCAGGAACCCAAAACUAGAGCAGACUUCUUGAGAUAUUCCUGUUCGCUCAAUUUUGACCCCAACACAGCCUACAAAGAGCUGGUUCUGUUUGAGGGGAACCACAAAGUGAUGCGGAAGAAGACAGUCCAGUUUUACCCGGACCACCCCGAGCGAUUCAAUGGCUUCUCCCAGGUUCUAUGCAGGGAGUCACUGGGUGGGUUCAGGUACUACUGGGAAGCAGAGUGGAGUGGGGAGUUCUCUAUCGGAGUGGCCUACAAGAGCAUUAGCCGCAAGAGUAAGAACUCUCACAGUCUGCUGGGCUACAACGACAAAUCCUGGAGCCUGCUCUGCUCUGACUCGGGCUACUCCGCAUGGCACAACAAGAUGGACAAGGACCUGCCAGAGGCCCCGCGGGCCACACGGAUUGGAGUGUACCUGGACUACACUGCCAACACGGUGGCCUUCUACUCUGUGUCAGAGGCCAUGGAGCUGAUCCACAAAUUCAAGGCCCAGUUCUCUGAGCCCCUGUAUGCAGGCUUUGGAGUGGGCUCCUCUGUGUCCCUCUGCCAACUAAAGGAGAACCUCCAACCUUACCGAGCACAGUGAUAACAGACUGAGGGGCAUCUACUCAGUGUAAAUAGGACUAUGUAAACUACACAUUGCUAAUGUUGCACACAUCAUUAUGAAACAUUUAAGUGUAACACAUUUCAAUAAAAUAUAAAACCAUAUGAGAGAAGAGUUAAGCAUUACAUUUUUACAUUUUAGUCAUUUAGCAGACACUCUUAUCCAGAGCGACUUGCAGUUAGUGAGUGCAUACAUUUUCAUACUGCAUAUUGCAAAUUAUAAAAACAGAAACUGUAAUUAUAUCAUUCCUUUGACUUUAUUACUGUGACAUGUAAUCUUAGUCAAGAAAAAUACCUAUGUUGGAAAUGUAUCAAAUAAAGACAUGAUCUUGUUCCAAGA